AUGUUUAUUGCUCGGUCAGAAUAUGAUCGAGGCAUCAACACCUUCUCCCCAGAAGGCCGUCUCUUCCAAGUCGAAUACUCCCUCGAAGCAAUCAAACUCGGCUCAACCGCCAUUGGGGUAGCCACAGGUGGAGGCGUGGUCCUAGGCGUAGAGAAGCGCGUAACAUCCACCCUCCUCGAGACAUCCUCCGUCGAGAAAAUCGUCGAAAUCGACCGACACAUAGGCUGCGCGAUGUCCGGCCUGCAAGCCGAUGCACGAUCGAUGGUUGAGCACGCUCGAGUAGAGUCUCAAAAUCACUCAUUCCAUUUCAACGAGCCACUGAGGGUCGAGAGCUGUACGCAAGCCAUCUGUGAUUUGGCGCUUAGGUUCGGUGAGGGGGCUGAGGGCGAGGAGAGCAUCAUGAGUAGGCCAUUUGGUGUUGCCCUCUUGAUUGCUGGAUACGAUGAGGAUGGACCACAACUGUACCAUGCGGAGCCAAGUGGAACAUUUUACAGAUAUGAUGCGAAGGCGAUUGGUUCUGGAUCGGAAGGUGCACAAGCAGAGUUGCAGAAUGAGUUUCACAAGUCCCUUACUAUUGAGGAAGCAGAGACGCUCGUACUGAAGACGCUGAAGCAGGUGAUGGAGGAGAAGCUAGAUUCAAAGAAUGUGCAACUUGCAAGCGUUACCAAGGAGAGGGGUUUCAGGAUUUACACAGACGCGGAAAUGGCAGCGGUUGUGGAGAGGUUACCAGCGAACUGA